UUGUGGAGCCCACGAACCACUCCUCUCUGUCUCACCUUCUCCCUUCCCCCGUGCACACUUCCGUUCCUCCAUGGCCCGGCGAGAUCCACCGCGCCCGCCUCGACCGGCAGCGAUGCGCCCCCUGCCCCAGACCGGCAGCGAUGCGGCCCCGCGCCCUGCUUCUCCCUCCCCGCGUUGUCCCGCGGCCCGCCGCGUCGAUUCCUCGUGGGGUCGAUGCAUCCCGCGACUGGGACCUUCAAUUCCUGUCAGAUCCAGGCCCUUCUCAUCCAACGACGACAACAAAACACGACGGCGGCUGCUCUGGCCGCCCCCCGCAGAUUCCAACUAGCGACGCCCCCUCUGCUCGCGCGCCCCUCGGAGAUCCCCUACAGUUCAACUCCCUGGCCGCGCAGUACAGGGAGGAUCCUCUCGUCCAUAGCGUUGCCUGUAGGGGUCAUGUGGACGACGGCGAGAAGCACAACGAGGUGGAUGUGGUGCAGUACCUUACAGUAGAUUUCCCUCCCGCUCUUCAUCCACAGGUUCUCCUUCCUCAAUUGGAGCUGUUUCCAAUUCCCCUGUCGGCACUUCUGUCUUCCAUUAGUACAACACUAGCAAGCAAAAAAAGUUGCGUGCAAUAUCUUUUUUUGGGCAUAUGAUUGGCGGCAACUAGACAACAGAGGGGAGGAGAGAGGUAUCGGAGUAUCGACGACUAGCAAGCAAAGCAAGAGGAAAAGCGAAGGGGGCAGCGCCAUCCGUGCGCCGCGACCACCUAGCAGGGUGGUGCUAGAUCUGGGAAACAUCGUCACGAGUGAUCGAGGAACUGGACCGCAUCACCG